GUAGUAAUGAAUACUAAAAAAGAAAAUAGAUUUUAUGAAAAUGGCGUCAAAAGGAGGAAGGAGGUUGAGUAUGGUUUACGCCAAACACAAAAUAAUAAAGAAAAGGAGUUGUUCGUAUCAUCUUCUACCUUAUAAAAACACACCAUCCUUGUUUCCCUCUACCUACACCGCACUCUCUCUUCUUCUUCCUCUGUCUCUCUCCUCUGUUUGGACACAUGGAUAAGGUCAACCUCCUGAAGAAUGGUGUUUUGAGACUACCACCUGGUUUCAGGUUUCAUCCCACUGAUGAGGAACUUGUGGUUCAGUAUCUCAAGAGAAAAGUCUUUUCUUCUCCAUUACCAGCUUCCAUCAUUCCUGAUGUCGAUGUUUGUAGAGCUGAUCCUUGGGACUUACCUGGCAAUUUUGAGAAUGAGAGGUACUUCUUCAGCACAAGGGAAGCCAAGUACCCAAAUGGGAACCGGUCUAAUAGAGCAACCGAGUCCGGUUAUUGGAAAGCUACCGGUAUUGAUAAAAGGGUUGUGACCUCUAGAGGAAACCAAAUCGUUGGUUUGAAGAAAACUCUCGUGUUCUACAAAGGCAAACCACCUCAUGGGUACAGAACCGAUUGGAUCAUGCACGAAUAUCGUCUCUCUUCCUCUCCUCCGGUACAAAUUUCUUUCUCUAAAUUUUCCGGUUUAGUCUCCGGUUAUCUCCACACAUGUCAUUUCACUAAACUUUUAAAGAUUAUAUUUUCUCUGCAGAGUUCUAUAGGCCACACUCAGAACUGGGUUCUUUGUCGUAUCUUCCUUAAGAAGAGAGCUGGUGACAAGAACGACGAGGAAGGAGAUAACCGGAAUCUUGAAAUAAUUACAUCAAACCAAACCGCAGAUAAAACCAAACCAAUCUUCUUCGACUUCAUGAGAAAAGAAAGGACUACGGAUUUGAACCUUUUGCCGAGCUCUCCUUCUUCUGAUCAUGCUUCAAGUGGAGUCACGACGGAGAUCUUCUCUUCCGAUGAAGAAACCAGUAGUUGCAAUAGUUUCAGAAGAAAUAUUUAGUUUAAUUUUAAUGUUGACUGUCUUAUAUAAUAAAUUUAUUUUAAUACGACUCUUCUCCCUUUUUUCCCAUGUUACUUGAAAACGAAUCUGUUUCUUGAACUGGUUGAAUUUUAUUUAAGUAACUAACCACCCUAUUCAAGAACAAUGCAUUAACUU